CUUAUAAUACUGAAUACAAAGUCAAGUAAAUUUAAAGCGGAAGAGAGGACCGUACGGCGCCUGCGUGCUCUAGCACGCCCACUGACGUUUCUCUGAGUAUAAACAGCGUCCAGACGUUUAAAUGUCAGCUUCGAGACGGAACCGCUACAAACAUCGGUCUAAAACGGUUAUUAUGCAGCAUGACUUCACAGGAAAUUCACCUGUGUUCCUUCUCUGUGAAGGACAACCGUCCACAUUUGAGAAAGCUCCUUCUCUAAACUUUGUAGAAACACUGCCGACAGAAAUGAGCGUGAAGAUCUUUGGUGAACUGGACAUGCCCAGUCUGUGUCAGGCCUCACAGACCUGCAGGCAGUGGCGGGACAUCAUUGAGGACAGUGAGCAGCUGUGGAGACAACAGUGUCUGCUGGUCAGAGCUGUCUGUCAAAGAGAAGUGGACAAAGACAGAAGGGAUGGCAUGUCCUGGAAGGUGACCCUGGUGCGUAACUAUACGCGCAGCUGCGUGAAGAAUGACUGGCUGAGAGGACGUUACAGUCACGUGAGGUCAGCAGACGAGCUGAGGGACAGGAUAAUGGUGCCGCUGGAUGUGGAGUCUUGGGGUGAAAUCCUGCAGGCUGAACUGGACAGAUGAGACAGGAACGACCACUACAUGUUUUUCUCAGCACACUCACACUGUGCUUUUUCAAACUCUUAUUUUUUUUUUUAAAUAUAUUUUGUACAUAUGUGUUAAAAAAAUGGUGAAUG